AUGUCAGCAACGAUGGUAGCUGGCCCAUCAACAUCGACUUCUUCCUCUUCAACAAACCUCUUCGCUCGACCCGACACUUCGAUCUGCUCGCACCUCUCUUCGUUGCUGAAUUCUCCUUCAAACAGCAGUCAGCAUACACUUGGUACUCAAGAUGGGUCCAGUGGCUCUGUACCACCACCUGCUACUGCCAUGAGGAAACACGAGGUGGAAAAGCGAUUCACUGAAGCUGUAAGAUGGGGUGCUGUGGCAGAAGGUGCCAAGCGGAGGAAGACAAUCCCUCCACAAUGCCACACUUGCUCAACCACCCUCACAAGACCAUGGGCAUGUAUGACUUGCUCAUACAUCGGUUGCUUACCUUUUACUGGUGUUUCUUCUUCUUCCUCAAAGAAUUGUAUGCGUAAUCAUUGGCAACAGAGUAACGGUCAAUGUGGAUUUGCUGUUGAUCCAUCCUCCGGUGCUAUCUAUUGCUCAUCGUGCUCCGAUACGAUAUAUCCAGACCAAUUCGAAUCGAUAUUACGCGUAGUCAAAAUACGCACAGAGGAGAUGCACGAUAAAUCCCGUGAACCUGGUGCGGUAGGUGGAGGGAGAGGCAGAGGUCGAGGUCCGUGGAAAGCUUGGAAUCCUAGCAAUAUGGUUAAGAUAGAGGAGAGUGAAGUCGCCAAGAGCUCUUGUAGAGGUUUACGUCCACUGCUGAACCUCUCUCAGACAUGCUUCCUUUCCGCCAUCCUUCAAUCACUCAUCCACAAUCCUCUGCUCAAAGCGUAUUUCCUCUCUGACAAACAUAACAGGCAUGUAUGUCCCAACGGAUCCAAGGGGCUUAGUGUGGGAAAGCCAUUUCUUGGGGCGGAAGCACCGAAUGGUGCCCCUGGUAUAGAUCGAGAAAAGGGUUGUAUGUGCUGUGAGAUGGACAGGGCUUUCGAGGAGUUCUAUAAUGAAGAUAAUUCACCUUAUGGGCCUAUAACGAUGCUUUAUGCUAUGUGGCAUUCCAGUGCAGAGCUGGAAGGAUACGGUCAACAAGAUGCGCACUCAUUCUUCCUCGCUGCGUUGGAUCAAAUACAUGCUCAUGCGAAAGGACAGCUGUCUAGCUGCAACUGUAUCGCUCAUCAAACAUUUGCCGGAUCUCUGCUCUCAUCUGUCACCUGCUCUUCAUGCUCCCAUACUUCCUCGACGAUCGAUCCUAUAUUAGACAUACAAUUGGAUUUCCCAUAUUCCCCUUUAUCCGGCUCAUCAACAGCAACCAUCACCUCGAACGCAUCCACCUCGUCGUCCGAGGGCAUAGGAGGUGGUUCGAACGGAAACUCUCAAUUGACUCUUGCCGGGUUGCUCAGGAGGUUCUGUGCUAGUGAGACUAUCGGCGGGUCUGAGAGCGGAGGUAAGGGGUAUGAAUGCUCCAAAUGUGGUGGUGGACCUGGCACCCACGCAACCAAGAACUUGACUAUCAAGAAACUUGCGCCUGUCCUGUCAUUUCAGCUGAAGCGAUUCGCACACAUGACGACUUCUUCAUCUAAAAUCGAAACUCACGUCAGGUUUCCUUCCACACUAGAUAUGAGACCUUACGUCGACACUCCAUCACCCCCCGGUUCGGCAUCGGCAUCUCAAUCAACCGAAGAAGAUAUCAAACCUACAAUAAGAGAAGAACAUGAUAUCUUACCUGAUUCUCUGUUCAUGUACGAUCUCUUCGCCGUGGUCACUCAUGAAGGAAAAUUGGAUAAUGGACAUUAUUGGGCGGAUGUAAGAGAGGGUGAAGAAUGGUGGCAUUGCGAUGAUGAUAAGGUAACACCUACAACUCUAUCAUCAGUUCUAAGUCAAAAAGCCUAUAUGUUAUUCUACGUCAAACGGUCAUUAGCAUACGCUCAACCAAUGUCUAAAUUAUUGGGUACGACAGCUUCGACAACUUCCCUACCUACUUUGAACAAUAUCAGUUCGAAUAUUUGA